AUGGCCCACGAAAUCACCAACCCUAUCAUCCCAGGCUUCGCGCCCGACCCUUCAAUUGUCCUAGUCGACGGAAUCUACUACCUCGUCACUUCAUCCUUUCACCUCUUCCCUGGCUUGCCAAUAUACACCUCGACUGACCUAAAGAGCUGGACUCUUCUCGGGCACGCAUAUAACCGCCGCGACGAACUCAGUCUCGAGCACGCAACCUCCCUAGAAAUCAACUUGGACACCGGCAACAAGCUCAUCGCAACGCUAGGCCUAUACGCCGCAACGAUCCGGUACCACCAGGGCAAGUUCUAUGUCGUGUGCACGAACUCGAUCCUACACCCCACUGAUGGGUGGAAACUCGAGAACUUCAUACUGACAACGACUGACAUCGCCUCGGGCGACUGGAGUGACCCUGUAUACUUCAACUUCAAGGGGAUUGAUCCAGACCUCUUUUUCGACGACGAUGGCACGGCAUACAUCCAAGGCUCAUGGACAAUCGACCGCACAAAGCAGCCCAGCUGCACAAUCAAGCAAGUUGCCAUUGACGUCGAGACGGGUGCGCACCUCUCCGAACCAAAUGAAAUCUGGACAGGUUGGAGUAAGUAUGAUACCGAGGGCCCCCACAUAUACAAGGUGGGCGGGUGGUACUACCUCCUCGUGGCAGAGGGUGGCACGUUCGAGGGCCACCAUUUGUCCAUUGCGCGGUCGAGAUCCGUCUCGGGGCCGUUUGAGUCUUUUGAGAAGAAUCCAAUUCUCACCGCUAGGGAUACCAAUGAGUACAUCCAGAAUGUCGGGCAUGGUGACCUUUUCGAGGAUUCAUUUGGGCAGUGGUGGGCUGUUGUUCUGGGGGUCCGUAAGGAGACUGGAUGGCCGCUGGGGAGGGAGUCGUUUCUGGUGCCUGUGGAGUGGACGGAGGAUGGGUGGCCUUGCGUCACGCAGCCAAAGAAGAAGUUUGUGUUGAACAGGAAGAUUGGGAAGCUCAGCAACAGCAAAGAGAAAGAGGAGGAUAACCUCGAACUCGUCCACAUCCGCAACCCUGAGCCGGCCAAGUACGAAUACUCGAGCAGCAAUCAUGCUGCACACAUCAAACUCAGCCCAAGCCCCCAGGGCCUUUCAGCUCCAAGAGGACCGGUCACAUUCUUGGGCAAGCGGCAACGGGCCCUAGCCUCCAUCGCCACCGUCUCACUCUCCGCCAACAACCAACGUCGAUCGAAUAUCACCGCUGGCCUUGCCCUCUUCAAAGACCACCUCCGCUACGCAUCAAUCGUAUAUGACUUCAAGUCUGGGUAUCUGCGGUUUCACGCCACCAACCCCGCAACUGGCCUUUCGCGAACUAUGGAGAGCCCCCUAGCCCUAAAUGAGGUAGGCGAUAUGGAGUCCGCUACUGUGGACCUGCGGAUCCAGUCUUCAGCGGAUGCGUAUACUUUGUCUUUCAGACUCGAAGCAUCCCGAGACUGGAGCCAGUUGGGAUAUAUUACGUCUCAAGAACUGUUCGUGAGGGACUUUACUGGGCCUAUAUUUGGUGUUUUUGCCCAGGGAGAAGAAACGGGUAACACGGUGGAGUUUCGCCAUUUUCGGGUUGAAAUUCAUGAUUAG